AUGACGGGUCUCCGAUGGAGGAGUCCAAAUGCCCCAACUUGGGUCAACAAAGUCCAGGCUACUAUCGAAGCCGUCACCUUCAUGCGUCACCCUCAGGCUGAAGAUGUCAUCGCCACGCACUGCUUCCGCAUGGGAAAUCUCAACGUCUGGUUCGAACAGUGA